AUGGUGAGUGGUCCGCUUCAAGGACUAACGCAGCAGCUUGCAUCAACCACACUCCAGGAUGAGAACGAAGAGACUCCGGGAGGAGGAGCGGCAGGCAUCUGGAGCAGUAAUGACGGAACAGGACCAUCGGCGCCUGUUGGCAUGAACAAUACGCCACGAUUGUCGAUAGGUGGACGGGAGCACUGGCCUGCUCCUUCUGUCGACCCAUCGGCAAUCGCGCCAGGCGGCAGUGCUUGGGCAACAGAUCAGCCAACAACGUCCACUGGACCCUGGGCCACGCCGGGCGGUCAGAUUGGGGCACUUGGAGAGGGGAGACUCAAUCCAGACCUAGCUGCCGCUUGGAAUACAAGUCUUAAUCAGAUCUCUGGUUCUGACGAUAAAUUUGCCGAUAAUCAGAAUCCACUUCCAUCCACUCUAACGAGUACGCCGAUGAUUUCGACACCUCUCAGCGUCGCUGACCCUACUCUGCAGCUUCUUCAACAGCAGCAGAUGCUACAGAAUGGGAUGAACGAUCCAUUGAGUGUAAAUCAGAUGGCUCUAGCGCAGCAAAUGGCCAGUCUUCAGAUGCAGCAACAACUUUUGCAGCAGCAGUUCACUUAUCCGAAUGCAGCCGGUCUUCAAGGAGGCAUGAGCCUUCCGCAAAUGCAAGUUCCACAGGGAUUCCCGAACCUUGGCAAUCAACUCAGUGGUCUUGCCGGCCAAAACAACCUCCUGGACGCGGGUAGAAGUGGUCUAGGUUCAGGCGAUGACGAUCUGCUAGCAAGAUACAAUGAAAAGCUGCGCGCACAAGCUCUCAUGCAGACGCAAGCACUGCAAAAUCAAGCGCUUAUGGGUGCUGGAGGACUGUACAAUCCGAUGAGCGGUCUCGGUGCAUUCACCAACGAUCUUGGUGGAGCACUCACGCGCCGCGACUCCCUCGCCUCUGACUACAAGAACAUCCUUGGUCAACCGCUGCGUACGCCCGGCAAUUAUCAGGGAAUGAACCCUCUUCAGGGUCUCAACAACGCUCUGGGCACUGUUUCCCCGCCAGGAAUGGGAAACAACGGUCUUCUUGGCCCUUCAUUUGGUCGAAACACAUCAUUCAACUCGUCAGCCUCAAGUCUUGGUAUGAACGCAAAUGGUGCACUUGCUGGCAACUUUGGACUUGGUGCAUUCCAAAGCUCCUCGCGGAUCUCGUUCGAAUCAAUGUCUGAUCGCUCCAAGCUACUUGAAGACUUCCGAAACAAUAAACUGCCCAAUCCACAGCUUCGCGACUUGGUCAACCACAUGGUUGAGUUUUCUCAGGACCAGCAUGGCUCGCGCUUCAUUCAGCAGAAGCUAGAACGGUGCACACCAGCUGAUCGCGAGCUCGUUUUCAAUGAAAUCCUUUCCUCUUCCUAUAACUUGAUAAUCGAUGUGUUUGGCAAUUAUGUAAUCCAAAAAUUCUUGGAAUUCGGCUCCGUCGAGCAGCGCGUGCAGCUCCUCAACUCGAUAAAAGGACAUGUUCUGCAGCUAUCGUUGCAAAUGUAUGGCUGCAGAGUUAUUCAGAAGGGAUUAGAAGCGUUUUCGCAUCUACCGGAACAUCAGAUCGAAAUUGUAAAGGAGCUUGAAGGCCAUGUUCUCAAGUGCGUGAAAGAUCAAAAUGGUAACCACGUCGUGCAAAAAGUGAUUGAGUGUGUUCCUCCUGAGCAUCUAAAUUUCAUUGUCGACGCGUUCGCUGGUCAAGUCUACCAGUUGAGCACCCACCCUUAUGGCUGCAGAGUUAUCCAAAGGAUUUUGGAGCACUGUGAUCAGGAUCAAACCGCUCAGAUUCUGGAUGAAAUUCAUCCACAAACGGAGCAACUAACGAUGGAUCAGUAUGGAAACUACGUUGUCCAGCACAUUCUUGAACAUGGCCGCGUAGACGACAAGACGAAGAUCACGUCAGAGAUGCGAGGACGAGUGGUUCAGCUGGCGCAGCACAAAUUUGCUUCAAAUGUCAUCGAGAAGUGCGUCACAUCAAGCUCAAGAACGACUAGAGCGUUGAUGAUUGAUGAAGUGUGCGGCUCUAGCGAGGCGUUGUUUACGAUGAUGAAGGACCAAUACGCCAACUAUGUCGUCCAGAAAAUGCUUGACAUUGCCGAUAUGCCACAAAAACGCAAACUUAUCAGCCAAAUGAAGCCUCACAUCAAUAACCUGAAGCGAUACACGUACGGCAAGCACAUCAUCACCAAGUUGGACAAGCUCGUCAACGAGCAAAACAUGAAGAACAUGAAUGGGAUGAACUAA